AUGAAGAGAACAAGUGGCGCGGCAUAUUUGGCAGAGCGGGACAAAGCCUCACAGCCGGCUGCUAAACCAAAAGUUGGUUGGGCAGCGAGAAGUUUUGGUGACUUUCUCAAAGAGCCUGCACCAAAGAAGCCGCUAUUUGAUCCACUGCUUUCCUCACUAUGUGAGAAUGGUGCUGUUCUAGCAAAUGUUACAACAGAUGACAUGGGCAAGGAAAAAGCUGCAAUGCCCAAAUGCACCUGGUGGCAAUUCCCGGCGAGUGGGGCACCUUUGAGACAGGAUGGAGACUCCAUGGAUUUAUCAGAGCUGAAAGGUGUACCCUUAGUUGCCUUAGUAGCACAGCUUGCAGCACGGGAGACCAUCAAUGACGCAUCUUCAAACCAAGGAUUUACCACUGCGAAGGGUCCCUCACCCUGGUCAGCCAAGUUGUUACAAGGUAAGACCGAGCUGUUGCGGCUUCGGAGGCCUGAAGGCCUCAGAUCCACCGGAGUUUGGCUCAUCGCCACUAUUCAGAAAGAAGGAAAUACUUGGAAAGCUGAAGCCAUUGAUGAACUUUAUCCUGAAAAGCGCCUCGAAGCUGUUCUGUUGCUACGCUUCAAAGAAUUUAUCGAGAAGAAAGAGGAAAAGCAGGAGGAGGAUCCAAUGGAGGCGACUCGCAGGAUGUUGGCAGAGGCAAUGGCCUAG